AAUUUUCCCAAGAAACUAUUAAAAUUUUCUCGAGAAAAUGCGUCAAAGAGCUAGAGAAACUCUGUUUCUUGCUUCUGAGCAACUAAGUUCAUCGAGCUUGCUGAAUCUUUCAUACUGGAUAACAUGUUUCUCUCAAUUUUCAUAAAGUAGAAAUGGGAACUAAUUAGCUGGGUAGUUGUUUUCACUCAAUUUCUUGUUCUGCUAUAAAAGGAAUUUCUGGGAGGAUUUGAGACGAUGUCUCCGUCUAAAAACCCACCCAGAAGUGUUCGACCUUCAAUCAAAUACAAGUGGGAACCUCCUAAAAAGGGGUCUUCAGUUGAGUUUGGUGAGCUUGUUCAUGAAAUAUAUGCCCCAACUGUGUCGGAUGAGAAUAAGAAAAGUUGUAGUAGAUCUGAACCCAAGUCCCAUGAAAUGUUAAGCACAGCCGAGCUCAUUUCGUCAGUAGGAAAGUUAUGGGACCGUGCAAGUCAUCUUCCCAUUUUCCAAUCAAAGGCAAAUCUGAAUCAAAAUCAUUCUGUUUGCGGAGAGGAUAUCUUAGCCAAUCUGGACAGGGAGGGAAAGGGUCAGGAAUGUCUUCCUGUUGAUGAUAAGUGCUUUCGGAUUAAUUUGAGGUCAUCUACCCAAUUCUCACCUGUCCUUCGGCCAAGCUUUGAGGCUGUCAAAGUAACUAAGAAGAUGUGCAUUUUUAAUGCCCAUAGCAAAGAUCAUACUCCCUCAUUUUUCUGGAAACUUCUUUGCGGCAGUGCUGAUUCGCCUAAUGGGUCAUGGAAAAGACAGGGGCUUGCAACUAUUGGAUUCUCAAAUGAAUUGGGAACUGUGUACCAAUGGAUGAGGGAGAUAAUUCCUACUGGACUCAGGUACCAUGCCAACUUCUCUGAGGCUAAGGACAAGAAAACUGUUGUAAAUUGCAUUUCAGAUGAUGCAAGUAGAUGUUUAGGGGGGAGCAUCUCAGCUGAUAGAAGUAUCCCUGCAACUAAUUUGGCCAAUGGAAAUGCUGAAGUUUAUUCUAGUUUAAUCAAAUCUAAGGAUCCACCAGCAUCUAAUGAUGCUAAAUUGGUAAACAAUAUAAGAGAAACCACCUCUCUGUGCUCAGAUUAUUUCCUUGGAGCUGUUCAAGAUUGCAAGGCAGAUAAUAAUCCAAUAUCUAGAGAUUGUAGCCUCUCUGAAGAUUAUCAUAUUAACAUUUUAUCCUAUUCCAAUAUGUAUGAAGAGUGCCAACUUUUGGCUGAUGAUAAUGAGCUGCUCCAAAACAAAAGAGAAGGACGUAAAUGGUCUGUCACUGAGGUUGAUGAUAGUCUGGAUAUUCACCCAACAAUGCAUGAAAAACCUCAAUAUGUCCUUGCUAAGCAAGAGCAUGCUUUUGCAGGGGCAUUGGCAGGAAUAUUUGUUAGCCUUUGUCUACAUCCUGUUGAUACAGUUAAGACAGUCAUUCAAUCUUGUCGUGCAGAGCAGCGGUCUAUUUGUUAUAUUGGAAGAUCAAUUGUUUCUGAAAGAGGUUUAACUGGACUCUAUCGUGGCAUUGCUAGCAAUAUCACAUCUUCAGCUCCAAUAUCUGCGGUUUAUACUUUCACAUAUGAAUCAGUUAAAGGUGCUUUGCUUCCUCUUUUCCCUAAGGAGUGCCACUCCUUGGCCCAUUGCAUUGCUGGUGGUUGUGCAAGUGUUGCUACUUCUUUUAUUUUUACCCCUAGUGAGCGUAUAAAGCAGCAGAUGCAAGUUGGUACACAUUAUAAUAACUGCUGGAAUGCUUUGGUUGGAAUAGUUAAGACAGGGGGUCUACAUUCACUAUAUGCUGGAUGGGGGGCUGUACUCUGCAGGAAUAUUCCACACUCAAUUAUCAAGUUCUACACAUAUGAAAGCUUGAAGCAAAUGAUGUUGACACCAUCUAGUACUCAACCAAAUACAUUGCAGACGCUAGUUUGUGGAGGACUAGCUGGAUCAACUGCUGCUUUGUUCACAACUCCCUUUGACGUGGUGAAGACAAGAUUACAGACUCAGGUACCUGGAUCCUUGACCCAAUACAGUAGCGUGUAUCAUGCCCUUCAAGAAAUAGGCAAGCAUGAAGGUCUCAAAGGUCUCUACAGGGGAUUGAUUCCUAGGUUGGUCAUGUACAUGUCUCAAGGAGCAAUUUUCUUUGCAUCAUAUGAAAUGUUCAAGAGUUUAUUCUCCCUGGAUGUGCCAAAACAAACCAUGCAGCACAACAAAAAAGAAGAAGAUGAUUCCACUCCCACACCAUUAUCUUCACGGUCAAGGUUGCAUGGUUUAUAGUCGUGAUGAAUGGCAGAGCAUAGUUGCAACCAGAAAAGCAUUUUCUGGUGUAAGUUCAUUAUUUUAUUUUUUUGGGGGGGGAGGUGCCAAAAGGCAGUUCAAUUAUAUUGUGUAUUUUUUUUGGUUAUGGAAGUAAAAAUAGUAUUGAGAA